AUGGCCGGAGGAACGAGAUACAAUUUCCUGGCGGUAUUUUUCGUCGCCCUGGGCAGUUUCACUUAUGGCUUCAAUUCGGCUAUCAUGGGCCUUGUGAUUGGCCUCCCUGCAUUCUUCCAAUACUUCCAUAUCAGCCUCAAUGACACUAAUGGCAAUCAGAUUACUGGAGCGACAAACGGUCUAUACUCUGGAGGAGGCAUAAUAGGAUGCGCUUUGGUUCCAUGGUUACUCGAUCGUCUUGGUCGAACCCGCAUCAUGCUCAUUGGACUGAUUGGCUGUGCAUGUUCUUUGAUAUGUUUCACAGCCAUGGUGGCCACCUUUGGUGGCACAGACAAUCGCGUCGGCAAUGGUAUGGGUGUAUUCUUCCUGUUUCUCUUCGUGUUCUUCUACGGAGGCUGUAUGGGUGCCACUUCAUAUGUUUACUGCACUGAGUUGUUCCCCACGAACUUGAGAGCACAAGGAGCUGGUUUCAGCGUGGGUGGGCUUUUCACAGCGACUCUCAUCUACACACAGACAGCACCAGUGGCGUUUGCCGAUGUCGGUUGGAAAUUCUACAUUUUGUUCAUCAUACUUCCCCUGAUCGGUGCAGGGUUAAUGUGGCACUUUUUCCCCGAGACAAAAUUGCUCUCGUUGGAAGAGAUUGGUCGUCUCUUCGGCGAUUAUGUUGCCAUGGACAUAAGACAACUCACUCCAAGGGGAAGGGAAGCGUUGGAUAGAGAAUUAGCCGUGGUCGGCUUUCCUGCUGAUGAAAUAGCUAGGGAAGUCAACGGUGCAUCAACUUCGCCUCCGGGGGACAAAGGGAUCAUCUCUGAAUCUCACCUCGAGAAGGUUUGA